UUUAUAAAGUUCGCCAACACCAAGCUUUGCUUUGCUUAUUGCGUAUAUGCUUCGGAGGGGGAAGGUGGCUUAUUGAAGCUUUUUGGAGCAUUUAAGGGAUCUGGAAUAUAAACUACUACCCGUCACACUUUCAAGGAAGUAAUGGCUACAGACAGCACUCCCAAAAAAGUCAAGAAGGCUUCGGUUUUUCUGAAAUUAAAGAAAAAUCUUGCCGGUAAAAUAAGUUCCAAAGGGGCCAAACUUUUCAUUGACGAUGAAUGGUCUGAAACCUUGGACAAUAUACACGCUCUCAUAGAAGCACAAAGCGACACGAAAACUGCCGAUAAGAUUAUGAAAAACGUUAUAAAAAUAAGUAUCAAGAUUGGCCUCGAGGUUGAUGAAAAACGUUUUAACUCUCAAGAGCUUGAAAUACUUGUAAACUUGAGAAAGAAACUUAAAACUUUGAUGUUAACCUUAAUAAGUUUUUAUGAAGUUCCUUAUUCAUAUGAUCCAGAGCUGUGCUCUCAACUUUUUCAGGAUAUGAACAAAGUUAUUAAGAAUUUAUUGGAAGGACAUGUAAAAGAAAAGUCCCUUCAGCGAUGUGAUUAUGUUUUUAAAUAUUUCUCGGAUCCAAAAGUUAUGGGAUCAUCCCUUGAAGGAGAUAGUAAAGGGCCCGUAAAGACGCAGAUGGGCGCCUUAUGUUCCAGUUUGAGAGUUAUAAUCCAAAAUAACAAACUUGUUGAGAUUUAA